GCGGGGACUCGCUCCUCUGCUAAAUCUCCCGCUCUCUUCGAUCUCCAUUUGCGCGUUAAUAUCACUCUUUCCUCUCUCACAAUUCUUCUCUUACAUUCUUCCCCUUUUUUUCCAGAUCUUCACCGCUCUCUCCUCUCCCUUCUUUUCUGUGUCUGAAAAAACAUUAGUGUUUCCAUCGGCAUGGAUGAAGAGUACGAUGUCAUUGUUCUCGGCACUGGUCUUAAAGAAUGUAUUCUCAGUGGCCUUCUCUCCGUCGAUGGCUUAAAAGUACUACACAUGGACAAAAAUGACUAUUAUGGAGGAGAGUCCAGCUCUCUCAAUUUGAAUCAGCUGUGGAAGCGGUUCAGGGGAGAGGAGCAUCCGCCUGAGAGUUUAGGCGCGAGCAGAGAGUACAACGUUGAUAUGAUCCCAAAGUUCAUGAUGGCGAAUGGAACUUUGGUGCGCGUCUUGAUUCAUGCGAAUGUCACCAAGUACCUCAACUUCAAGGCCGUAGAUGGUAGUUUUGUCUACAAUAAAGGAAAGAUCCACAAGGUCCCGGCAACUGAUGUGGAGGCACUGAAAUCACCACUAAUGGGGCUAUUUGAGAAGAGGCGGGCGCGCAAGUUCUUUGUUUUUGUUCAAGACUUUGACGAGAGUGAUCCCAAGACUCAUCAUGGGAUGGAUUUGAACACCAUUACAGCGAGACAGCUUAUCUCAAAGUAUGAACUGGAAGAUGACACGAUUGAUUUUAUAGGCCAUGCUCUAGCUCUGCAUUUUAGCGAUGAAUACUUGGACAAGCCAGCCCUCACAUUUGUCAAGAGAAUGAAGCUGUAUGCAGAAUCUUUGGCACGAUUUCAAUCCGGAUCUCCUUACAUCUAUCCCAUGUACGGCCUGGGAGAAUUGCCUCAGGCAUUUGCUCGUCUGAGCGCAGUUUAUGGUGGGACUUACAUGUUAAACAAACCAGACUGUAAGGUGGAAUAUGAUAAUGGAGUAGCAAUUGGAGUAACAUCUGAAGGAGAAACAGCUAAAUGCAAGAAAGUUGUCUGUGACCCCUCAUAUUUAUCCGAUAAGGUUGAAAAGGUAGGCAAAGUUGCGCGUGCUGUCAUUAUAAUGAGCCACCCUAUCCCAGACACUCACGAGUCACACUCAGCUCAAGUCAUCAUCCCACAGAAGCAGCUUGGCCGUAAAUCAGACAUGUAUCUGUUCUGCUGUUCGUACUAUCACAAUGUGGCGCCAAAAGGCAAAUACAUAGCUUUUGUUUUGACAGAAGCUGAGACUGACAACCCGGAGGCUGAGCUGAAGCCCGGGGUGGACCUUCUCGGACCAGUUGAUGAGAUAUUCUAUGAAACCUAUGACAGAUACAAACCUACUAAUGACUGUGAUUCUGACCAUUGCUAUAUUUCUAUGAGUUAUGACCCAUCCACACACUUUGAGUCCACUGUGGAGGAUGUUUUGGCUAUGUACACCAAGAUAACUGGAAAGGUUCUUGAUUUGUCAGUGGAUCUUAGUGCAGCAAGUGCUGGUGAACAAUGAGCUGCCUAUUUGCACGCCUCGAUUUUGCAAGCUUUAAACUGUGCACUUGUGCCUCAUUACAUGAGUAGCUAAUUAAUGCGGUGAUUUACAAGAAAGGAUCCAAUCCCAGCCUUGAGGAAACUAGUACAUGCUCCUCCUCAGCUUCACACAAGUUCAAGUUUACCAGAUUCUUCAAUGUUUGUUUUGGUUUUGCAUUUUUCUAGUAGCAAUUAAUAAGAACAUUGUUUUCUGCUAAGUGAUUUUCAUUUGUAGUGAAACAAGCCCUCUGCAUUUUUGCCAUGGAUGAGGAUAGGGUUGGUUCCAACUCAACUUACCAAUUUUAUGUCUGUGCUAGUUAGCAUUCCAUUUGAACUCUUAUCAUCAAUCUGGUUUUUUUAUUUUUACUUUUACAAGUGAGCUCAA